AUGGCUCUCAAGGGAAGGAUACUUAUCUGCAUGUUCACUUCAAUAUUUUCUUUCUUUGAUUCAAGUCUUUCUUUCUUUCUUGUCGUCUGGUCUAAUAGUUUUCUUUCUGUCUUUUCGUUUACCGUUUUUUUUCUUUCUCUUCGUCAACCAGUUUUCUUACUUUCUUUUCUUUUGACAGUUUUCUUUCUUUCUUUUUGUUUACCAGUUUCCUUUCUUUCUUUUCGUUUGACAGUUUUCUUACAUUCUUUCUUUCUUUCUUUCUUUCUUUCUUUCUUUACAUCUGACAGUUUUUUUUUGUCUUUUUCUUUCUUUUCGUCUGACAGUUUGCUUUCUUUCUUUUUGUUUGGCAGAUUUUUUUUGUCGUCUGGUCUGAUAGUUUUCUUUCUUUCUUUUUGUUUACCAGUUUUCUUUCUUUCUUUCCGUCUGAUAGUUUUCUUUCUUUCUUUUUGUUUACCAGUUUUCUUUCUUUCUUUCCGUCUGAUAGUUUUCUUUCUUUCUUUCUUUCUUUUUUUUCUUUUCUUACUUUCUUUUCGUUUGACAGUUUUCUUUCUUUCUUUUCUUCUGACAGUUUUUUUCCUUUCUUUCUUUCUUUCUUUCUUUCUUUUCUUUUCUUUCUUUUUUUUGUUUGACAGCUUUCUUUUUUCUUUUCGUCUACCAGGCUUCUUUUUCUAUUUUUUCUUUUUUCUUUGUUUUCGUCUGACAGUUUUCCUUCUUUUCUUUUAUUCUUUCUUUCUUUCUUUCUUUCUUUCUUUCUUUUCGUCUACCAGUUUACUUUCUUUUCGUCUGAAAGUUUUCUUUCUUUCUUUCCACCUGUUUUGUUUAUUUGAUUGCUUAUUUCUUUCUUUUCGUUUAUCAGUUUUCUUUCUUUCUUUUCAUCCGACAGUUUUCUUUCUUUCUUUUUGUCUACAACUUUUCUUUCUUUCUUUCUUUCUUUCUUUCUUUCUUUCUUUCCUGACAGUUUUCUGGCUUUCUUUCUUUUCGUCUACCACUUCUCUUUCUUUCUUUUUGUCUGACAGUUUUCUUUCUUUUGUUUUCUUUCUUUCUUUUCGUCUGACAGUUUUCUUUCUUUUUUUCUUUGUUUGUUUUUUUUCGUCUCACAGUUUUCUUUCUUUGUUUUCGUCUCACAGCUUUCUUUCUUUCUUUUCGUCUGAUAUUUUUCUGCCUUCAUAUCUUUCUUUCUUUCUUUUUUUCUUUCUUUCUUUUGGCGGUUUUCUUUUUUCUCCCUUUCUUUCUUUUCCUUUGACGGUUUUCUUUCUUUCUUUCUUUUUUUCUUUCUUUUGGCGGUUUUCUUUUUUCUCUCUUUCUUUCUUUUCCUUUGACGGUUUUCUUUCUUUCUUUCUUUCUUUCUUUCUUUCUUUCUUUUCAACUGACAGUUUUAUUUCUUUUCUUUCUUUCUUUCUUUCUUUCUUUCUUUCUUUCUUCUUUCUUUCUUUCAUUUUUCAUUCUUUUUAUUUUUCUUUCUCCUUUUCUUUCUCCUUUUCUUUCUGUCUGUCUGUUUUUCUUUCUUUCUUUCUUUCUUUCUUUCUUUCUUUCUUUCUUUCUUUCUUAUUGUUUCUUGUUUAUUUCUUUUUUCCCCCUAGAGUUUCUUUUCUUUCUGCUUUUUUUUUCUUCUGA